GAGAACUCAAGCAACGUCACGUGAGAUUUCCCGGAACUGAUCUUGUUUCUUAAAGUUACCCCCGGCUUUACCUGCGCGGACGACGAGCUGCUCCGGAGCGCCAGCCGUCACUGAAUGUCGAAGCUGACUCGGAACUGAGUGCCAUUAUGAGAUGUUGCCUCCCGGCUUGUCGUUCGUGCAAAUCAAGUUUGAUGACAUCCACUUCUACGAAAACUGUGGUGGUGGCAGCUUCGGAAGUGUGUACAGGGCGAGGUGGAUUUCCCGGGACAAAGAGGUGGCAGUGAAGAAACUGCUCAAGAUUGAAAAUGAGGCUGAAAUCCUCAGCGUCCUCAGCCACCGCAACAUCAUCCAGUUUUACGGUGCAAUUGUCGAGGCGCCCAACUAUGGAAUCGUCACUGAAUAUGCCAGCGGUGGCUCGCUGUACGAUUACCUGUCCAGUGAUGUCAGUGAGGAGAUGGACAUGGGACAGAUCAUGACAUGGGCUGCAGAGAUCGCCAAAGGAAUGCACUAUUUACAUUCAGAAGCUCCUGUGAAGGUGAUCCACAGAGACCUAAAGUCCAGGAAUGUGGUUUUAUCUGCAGACAAAGUUCUCAAAAUCUGUGAUUUUGGGGCAUCUAAAUUUCUGACUCACACAACGCACAUGUCCUUGGUGGGCACGUUUCCCUGGAUGGCUCCGGAGGUCAUCCAGAGCCUGCCUGUGUCUGAGACCUGUGACACCUUCUCCUACGGUGUGGUGCUUUGGGAAAUGCUCACCCGUGAGAUACCGUUCAAAGGCCUGGAAGGCUUACAAGUGGCAUGGCUUGUGGUGGAGAAGAACGAGAGGCUAACCAUCCCCAGCGGCUGCCCUUCCUGCUUUGCUGAGCUCAUGAAAAAGUGUUGGGCAACAGAGCCAAAAGAGCGGCCGAUGUUCAAGCAGAUCCUCUCUACUUUGGAGUCCAUGUCUAAUGACAGCCAGCUUCCUCAACAGUGCAACUCGUUCCUUCACAACAAGGCUGAAUGGAGGUGUGAGAUUGAAGCUACACUUGAGAGACUUAAGAAGCUGGAGAGAGACCUGAGCACUAAAGAGCAGGAGCUGAAGGAGCGAGAGCGGCGACUAAAGAUGUGGGAGCGCAAACUCAUCGAACAGUCCAACAGUCCGUUGCUGCCCACAUUGGACAUAUAUACCUGGACAGAGGAGCAUGUGUAUUUCUGGAUGCAGCAAAUAUUUGGUGCAGGGGACAGUACAUGUGACAUGCAGCUUUAUGCAGACCUGUUUAAAGCAAAUCACAUCACAGGAAAGCGGUUGCUGCUGCUCACAGAAAACGACAUGCGGGACAUGGGGGUCAAGUCCAAAGGUCACAUCAUGCACCUAAAGUGUGAAAUUGAAAAGCUAACCCAUGAUUACCUCGGGUUCGUCCACUUCCCACCACUGUUGAAGGAUGAGCUCGAAAAGGAGGUGGAGCAGAGUAAAACUGUAAAUCUGGAGUUGGUGUUUGGGUACCACUGGAAACCAGGAACAGGAAAAUCUGACUGCAAAUGGAAAAUGUACAUGGAACUGGAUGGAGAUGACGUUGCUGUAACCUACAUUAAAGAUGUCAUCUUUAAUGCCAACAGACAAGACGUUGAAAUCCUGCGGAUGACUAAGCCACCUUUUGUGAUGGACAAAUGGAUCACUGGGCUACAAGAGAACCAGAGAGUGGACUACACAGUCAAUUAUGAGAAUGAUGUCAAGUCUCCCAAGUCCUCCAAACACAGCUGCUCGAUGACAUGGAGUGUCGGUGGUGGAGGAGAUGAGAUCAAGACUGUGGAACUUGUCAUUGAAACAGUACCAGCUAACACAGACUGGAACCUCAAGGACAGAUCAAACUGUGAUAUUGAUCCAACGUGGAUGUACAACGUAAGGUUGAAGCAGAUGAUAUCACAGAAAUCCCAUUCGACGACCGCUGCUCGCACUGCCUUCACUAGCUCCGAUGCUCGCACUCUGCCUCAGUUCCUGUCUGCACAUGAAAGACACGAGUUUUCUUAUGCUGCAGCUGUGCGCCGCUCUCCAAACCGCGUCCACGGAUCUCCUUGGACUGACUCACGCAGCUCCUCGCCAACUGCCAGCCUGUCGGCCAAACUCUCACCACUCCAUCUGGGGUCAAAGGGCAGCAGUCCCUCAAGCACUACGUCAGAGAGCACCUCAGACAGAGAGCGCCCACUCAGUGCCGGAGCAAUGCAUAACUAUCGCAAAAACAGCUACUUUGGCAAUACAUUAACUGCAGGUGGGGUGCAGAGUAGGGGUAAUACAGGGGAUAAUGCUAGAGGUAGCCAUAUUUAUAAUAAAGGCAGCAAAACCUCCCGACAACCAGGGAGGCCGCGGUCCAAUAGUGUCGUAGUACAGAGCCGCCCACCAUCGAUACCAGGUAUAUUGUCUGUGACACAAAACGCCAGUGAGGAAAAGGAGGGGGCCAAAGCCAGUGAUGGAGGGUGGAUCAAAGUGGAGCGUCAUAAGAGAUUACCACGCCAGGACAAUAAACAAGUCAGAGGUCGACCGAGGAGAGGGGGCAGGGGAGGGCGAGGUGGUGGUGGAAGAACUUAAAAUAGGCCACACAUGAACUGAUCAUGUUAUACACCAAAAAUAUUUUACACAUGGAUUAUGUCUACACGAGACAGAGAUUCUUCUUUUAGUAACUGGGAUUUGUUAUAAGAAUGAGCUUUUCUGCUCAUUGUAUUUUUAAAAAUGACAGUAUAUUCUGUGUUUUGGCAGAUGACAUUCACAACUGUGGCUGCAUUGAAAAUAUGCUAUUU